UUUGAGCUCCAUGGUCUUCUCACUAUCCGGCUGCUGUGGCGGAUGUUUUUGUCCCGUAUCUGUCUCAUGAGACAUGGACACCGCGAUGUUCCAGCUGCGGUCCUUCGUCCACCAGCGGCUGUGCGCAGCGGCGGAGGAGAUCCUUGGGGAGGUGGAGAAAACCAUCACGUUAGCUUUGUACGAAACCGAAGUGAGUCGAUCUAAAGGGGAGGUGGACAGUCUGCGACACCAGCUGGACCUCCUGCGAAAGACAUCAGCUGACCAACCUGCACUGACCAGCAGCUCAGUGAAACGUGAAGACGAAUGUGAUGCUGCGCUGCAGGAGGACCCAAAACCCUCGACACCACCAGAGUCUAGCUUCUGUCUGAGCACUGAGGUCCCUGAACCCUCUCAAACCAGCACAGACUUGGACAAUAAUAACUGGAACUACUGCUUGGUGCACGUGGGAGAAGUUCGCCUUGCAGAAAGCCUUUCUAACAGAAAUCCAAUGCCUGUUCCCCAGCAGCCAAUAGGAUCAAACAAGGCUUCAGCCAAUGAGGUGCCGUUUUCACUUUCACCGCACAUCCCGCUCUCGACCAACCCUCCACGGUUUGCUUCACUGAAAAUGCCGCGAAGAAUGAAGCGGAAGAGGACCGCUUGUCCUAAUCCUCACAAGGAUUCACUCGACCCACCGGAGCAAACUGCCUACCCAUCCGCCAUCAACCAGCAAAAGCUACCACCCGACAUCUCCACCAACGACCAGUGUUCCCCUCCUGAACCCGCAUACCCCUCUACCUCCCAGUUUAGUUCAUACAACACCCGCAGCUCAAAAAAUACAACCUCCCACCAGUCUGUUACCUCAUUUCCCUCCAUUUCUAACAAGCACUCCACUUUUACCCAAAUUCACCCACUUAUUACGGCUAACCUCGCCGCCGCUGCCACCGCCGGCGCUACCGUCAACAACACUGACACCACAAGCGCCUCACACUCAGCAGUCCCCACCCACUCCACUCCCUCCUCUCACCACGCACCGACCGCAGCUCCUGCCCCCUGCACACCACAGAUCUUCAAAGAAAUUUGCAGCAUACUCCCUCUGUCGUCCGGCGGGAAAAAGAAAAGAUGUAAAAUCACAGUGGAGGAACUAGUGCGCCGGGUAGGCCCCCCAGAAUACAUGUCAUUUUCAUCCCUAGCGGCGUACUUACGGACGGAUAAUAACGCAAGGAAGGAACUGCAAGCCCAGCUGGAGGAAGCUAGGAUUAAGCCCAGUGAGAUUACGACAGAGAUGUCCCUAUUUUCUCGGCUUUGUGAAGAGGAGGUAGACGCAUUAUGCAAGAGCCUCGCUGGCCUGGUGCGAGACCAUCUUCCCUUUCCAGGUCUCUACGUUAUUCCCGAGGCUGAGGACGAGGUGGCCACUCUGGAGAGGUUGUCCGAGUUCCGGUCCCACCUGAGGAGAGCCAUAGCAGCCAUCAAGGACAGAGUGGAAGCAGUGGACCUGGCCUCUCAUGGCUUCAUGUCCAGAAUGUUGGACAUCAUAUUGUCCAUAUUUGAAAAGUGUUUGGAGAACCAAAUGAACAGUAUAUGUUGAAAAAAACACUGGAGUAUAUAGUUUUUGCAGCAGUUGGCCACAUUAGCUCAUGUAGUUUGCGAGUUAAAGGUAUACUAUGCUGUCUUUGUUGUGGUCCCAGCCUCAGCUGGAACCUGUUACAGGCUUGGGGCCACACACCCACUGCAGGCUACAGGCCAGGAACACCCCAAGAUAAAUACACCCCCACACACUUCUACUGGGUCAUAAGUGAUGACUGAAAAGGAUUACUUUUGUAUGAGUCUUUAAGAAAAGCCUGCAUACUGUACCUUUAAUUGUAAACUAUAUUUCCCUCCAAAAUGUGCAUUUUUGGGUUGUUUUUCACUGCUUUCCUAAAUGUUACAGUUUGGCAACGAGUGACUCGUCAAAACCAUGCGGUUCUGUUCCAGGAUGCACACAU